AUGAAGGGAAGACUAUCUUGGUUAGACAUUAGAGCCGGUGUAAAUGAGGCACAGAAACUCAUUGGAGCCCAUAUCAAAAGUGUUUACAGUAUCAGUAAAAAGUCAAUUCUGAUUAAAUUCAGUAACAAAGAGAACUUACUGAUUGAUCCACCUAGUAAGUUUCAUUUGACAUAUACUACUCAUCCUAAAAUCAAUCUGACUCCGAUUGCUAUCUAUCUUCGCAAAGUUCUUAAUAACUGCCGUGUCGAAAAGGUUUACCAAUUAGGAUUUGAUCGAGUGGCAGCUUUACAGUUAGGUUCAGCUGAGGGUUUACUUGUUCUUUUUAUUGAGAUGUAUGCUAACGGUAAUAUCAUUCUAACCGAUAAGAAUUUAAAAAUCAUGAAUUUAUUACGACCGGUUGAACAUCUAGAUAUGCACAAAGAGAGUGUCUAUCCUUUGAAUGUUCCCCAAUUAGAACUUAAUUUGGAAAGAUACGAUUAUUUAACUGGUGAUACUUUGAAAAAGAAGAUAGCUAGUUUUCUCUCUUUAUCAGGCCGGAUUGUAGAUGAUGUACUGGGUCGGAUGCAGCAGUGUUUCAGUAAGCAGUUCAAUUUGACUCAAGACCUUACUUUGGAGAGUUUGACCGAACUAAGAGAAAAACAGCCGGAUGAGUUUGGCCAGUGCUUCCAUACAUUCUUUGGCGAGAUAUUCAGUGAGUUAGUGGCGGUAGGGAGUUAUGGAGCGGUGGUGUACGAACAAGACCGGCCGGUGCUUUUUACGCCGUGGCGAGAAACCAAUAAAGAUAGUAAACGGCGUACUGUGGAGUUUGAUUCCUUUGGCAAGGCCAUGGAUGCCGCCUUUGCCGUUCCGGUCGUUCAGGAAACCGUUGCCGAGAAGAAGAUAAGAAAGAUAAGAGAAUCACAAGAAAAGAGUCUUAAGCAAAAACUACAAGAAUCUGAGAACUUACGUACUAAAGCCCAAUUCCUCACCACUUACCAAGCUGAGUUUACUAAAGCCAUUCAAAUUAUCUUAGCAGCUGUUGAUAGUGGGAUUGCUGAAAGUGAGUUUUUACGCUUUAAACAAGAAUCAGAAGCUACUAACCCGAUUGCUAAGUACAUUAAAGCCGUUAGUUUUGCUAACAAAACAGUCACUCUUACGGCUGAUAGUACUUCAGUCACCCUGAGUUAUACUACUUCCUUCUACGACCAAAUCAGCCAACUCUUCCAACAAGCUAAGAAGAUAGAGGAUAAGGCCAUUAAAGCCCGAGCUGCUCUGGAAGAAAGCAAUCAGAAGAGUGAUGCUAUGGAACAAAGAAAAGAGAAGGCAGUGAAAAUUGAAAAGAUCAAUCGGCCAGUGCUUUGGUUUGAAAAGUUCCAUUGGUUUAUCACUAAAAACAAUGAUCUUAUCAUUGCCGGACGAGAUGCAAAACAAAACGAAAUUCUUAUCAAAAAACAUCUCAAAGAUAGUGAUUAUUAUUUCCAUGCUGAUAUUCAAGGCGGGUCCAGUGUCAUAGUUGGUGAGUCAGCUACAGAGGAAACGAAGGAAACGGCCUCUUAUAUGGCCAUGAUUCUAUCCCGAGCCUGGGAGAAAGGUGUAGUCGUACCUGUUUAUUCCGUGCGGGGUAGCCAGGUUAGUAAGACGGCGCCGGCAGGUGAGUACUUAUCUCAGGGUAGUUUUAUGAUUGCAGGUAAACGUGAGUUUUAUCAUCCUUACAAAUUAGAGUACGGUCUAGGACUUAUCUAUAAAGUACCAAUGAGUGCGAGUAGUGAGAAUGUCGGUGGAGAAGAGGAAAGUGAUCGCCGUGUCUUUGGAUUUACUUCUUUGCCUACGGUUGAACCUGAAUAUGUUUUGCCUCUAGCAGGGCCGUAUAAGAGUAUUGAAGGACCUAAAUACCGUUUAUUGCCUGGUAAUCAAAAGAAAGGAAUGAUUAUCAAAGAUAUUCUAGCUCUAGCCGAAGAAGAUGCCCAAGAUAAGCUUAAGUAUGUGCGCAACAUUACCGGCCGGGAAAUGGAGUUGGCCAUUAUUAGCAACUGCAAACUAGCCCAGGCUGAAAUUGCCCGACGUGGUGAAGCUUCAGUUUUCAAAAAGAAAGAUAAGAAGAAGGCUAAAGCCAAAUCAAAAACAAAAUCAAAAUAA